GCCAACUAGUUGCUAACUGUGUUUAAGACUUACUUAUCAAUAUAAAUAUAAAUAAAUAUGAGAGAGUUUCAACAUGAGUCAGAAGAUGCAACCCGCCCGCUCCGGCGCCUUGCUGUUCAUUGAUUGGGCGUGAAGGAAUGAUGGCGAGCACGGAUUGGGAGAGCAUGGCGUGGCCAAAGUCAAUAGCCGUUGCUAUUUUCGUGCUACUCAUAUUGGUAACCGUAAUCGGCAACAUGCUUGUCAUAUUAUCCGUAUUGACCACGCGUCGUCUACGCACCGUAACAAAUUGUUUCGUUAUGAGUUUGGCAGUGGCGGAUCUGCUCGUUGGCAUAUUUGUAAUGCCACCGGCUGUGGCGCUUCAUGUCAUUGGCACUUGGCAGCUUGGCUGGCUGCUCUGUGACAUUUGGAUAUCCUUUGACAUAAUGCUCUGCACCGCAUCCAUACUAAGUUUAUGUGCCAUUAGCCUGGACAGGUAUCUCGCAGUGACACAACCAUUGACAUAUUCGAAAAAGUGGCGUUGCAAGCGAUUGGCAUUGUUGAUGAUUCUGGGCGUUUGGUUGCUGGCAUUUCUCAUUACAUGCCCACCCAUGCUAGGCUGGUAUGAGGAUGGCAGAAAUCGGCAUCAAUCAUCAGAUGUAGUUGAUUGUCGCUAUAAUCAGAACAAAGGCUAUGUGAUUUACUCCUCGAUGGGCUCAUUUUUUAUACCGCUGGCAAUCAUGUUGUAUGUUUAUCUGAGAAUUGGUUACGUGCUCACAUCACGACGGCAGCGCAUUCUGCAUGAUGCGAAAACGGAGCGUACAGCGGAUCUUGAAGUCGAUGGCGACACGUUCAUAACAAAGCCCGAGCAGUAUCGCAGCAGUUCCCAAAAGGCUUUGCACAGCAACAUAAGCAGCGCUCCGAAUACGCAGCCGCAUCCUUUAUUUCAAUGUGCUAAAUGCCAGGCUAAGCAAAAUGACAAGCGUAAGCAGCUGAAAGUGCAGCCAACAUUUUAUGAACUGAUGGAGAUAUCAAGGCUAUCGCUAAUACAGAAUACAGCGCAGCGUUGUCGGCAUCAGCUGCGCUGCUGCUCGACCAUGUCGAUGCCAACGCUUUACUACGCUGACGGCGAGUCCUUUGCCAGCACAUCCUUGAAUGCAGAAAGCCAGAAGGCGAUAACUAUGCCACGACCAUUGGCAAGCAAUCGCAUACCCAUGCGCGUCUCAACAAAGUUUAAGAAUUCAAAAACCACCAAGACCCUAACGAUUGUUAUGGGCGGCCUGAUUGCAUGCUGGACACCUUUCUUCGUUUUCUAUUUGCUUGUGCCCUUUGUGCCGCAGCUUAAAACGCUCGAAAUCCUAAUGGUUUUCUUCACUUGGGUGGGCUGGCUGAACUGUGCCAUCAAUCCGUUCAUCUAUGCGUUCAAUCCGGACUUUCGUGCUGCCUUCUGGCGUUUGACCUGCAAACGCAUCUGGAGGCGCAAGCUGUCUGCAAAUCAUUUGCAUAUGUUUCGCGGCUAAGCAAAGCUAAUUUUUUGUAUAUAUAGAAACUAAAAAUACGCUGCAUAUGGCAGCCAUUAUAGCUGUAUUAUAUAUUGACAUUGAAACUAAUUUCGUAAUGCAUUUU